CGCAAAAGCAGUACUCACGUGUCCGACGUUGCGUGAAUAUCAUACGUAUGUUUCACGGUUUUUCGACUGCCUCUUUUUUUGGGGAUCGAGCGCGUUUCGUUUUCCGAAUGACGCGAAUGACGAGUAUAUAAUAAUUCAGCCUCGAAUGCGCGACACGUGGUGGUUGUUGUUGUUCGUUUGACUGAUUCGACGUCGCGGCUCUUUGACACGCGUUGACAGUUUUAAAGCCAGCAUGGAUUUUUAUCGCGCGAAAGUAAGAAAAGAGACGAACACGGCGCUACACGCGAGUAAUGUAUAACGGUGCAGUAGUGCAGCUUACAUUAAACAAGCCUAUACAUCGUGACAAAGUGACUCUUGUUGUUGUGUGACUUUACACGUCCGUGUAUGUGUGUUAUAUAUUAAUGUCAAUGUGUAUAUGUGUGUGUGUUGGUGCGAGCGCGUGUACACGUCUAGAAGCACAAAGUACAGAGGCUGAUUAAUAGUAGCGCUGUACAUAUAUAGCGCGUCGAUUUUUCUUUCUCUCUCUCUUUCUCUCUUUGCCUCUUGCUUCUUCGCUCAAGCGACUCCGAGCCUGCUUUUUUUUCUUCUUGCUUUUUCCGUGUCGAGUGUGCGUGUACAUGCGGUGUAGUGCACUAAACAAACGAGCUGCUUCGUAUACAUACACCUGCCUCGCUCUAAGCAAGAGAAUUCACAAUGCAUUGAAGUAGCGAAGAAAAUAUCGAAUUAAUCGAAAAGGUCUGCUUCCUGACCCCUAAAAAUGACGACUGAAGUGAGGGUCGCUACUACUCGGCCUUCCGUGCCAACCAUAAGUCACUCGAAAAAGCCUAUUAUUAUAUAUCCAACAGUGUCCCCGGAGACGGUGAUCGUGCCCAUAGUCUCGUGCAUACUCGGCUUUCCCAUACUGGCGCUGCUGCUCAUAUGCUGCUUGAGGAGACGGGCGAAGCUCGCCCGCGCCCGGGCGCGCCGAAGGAACUGCGACGUCGAGCACGGCGCCCUCAGUCUGGUACGAUUCAGUCCGGUGCACCGACUCGCUGGAAUCGAGAAGCCGAGCAAGGCACUGGCGCUUCGAGCUGAUCGCGGCUCGAGGGCCUUCGCGACGCUCGAGCUCGACACCGUGCUGGAGGAGCGCUCCGAUCCCGAGAUCAGCACCGCCAUCGAGAUCAGCAGCCCCGAUUAACAUUUAGCCCCGGCGAUUUCCAAAUCGCCACGACCCUCGAAAUCCGGAGCCUCGGGCAUCCCGCUGUCGGCCAGUCCGCUCUGGAGCACACUGACAAACGAGACGGCCGGCCUCGAGGACGACGACUUCUGCGCUGGCGGCGAC